AUGGACAGCCAAGGUGGCUCGUCCGCCAAUAACAGCAGCGACUUUGUUCGCAAGCUGUACAAGAUGUUGGAGAACCCGCAAGACGAAAGUGUAGUACGGUGGGGAAACGAGGGCGACAGCUUCGUGGUGUUGGAGAAUGAGAAGUUUACCAAGCACAUUCUGCCGAAACACUUCAAGCACUCGAACUUUGCCAGCUUCGUUCGCCAGCUGAACAAGUACGACUUUCACAAAGUACGGCAUAACAAUGAAGAAGGAGGGACGUCGCCGUAUGGCCUUGGAGCAUGGGAGUUCAAGCACCCCGAUUUCAAGAUGAACAACAAAGAUGCCCUCGACAACAUCCGGCGAAAAGCGCCAGCUCCUCGAAAAGCGAAUGCGAUUACAGAUGAGAUGGUUCCGACCCAGCAGAUGGAUCUGGUCAACACACAGCUGGUCGCAACACAGCAACAACUACAACAGCUUCAGGAGAGAUACAACGAGCUCAAUAUGCACCAUUCAAUGCUGCUACAGGAGCUGAUCGGAGUGCAAAAGACGGUGGUCAAUCAUGAGCACGUGAUGCAAUACGUCAUGAACUUCUUGAACACAGUGGAUGCGCAGCGAAGGCGUGAAAGCAAGGUCCUCACCAACAGCAACCCAUUCGCACAAACGAGCAAUACCCAAGCGAAUGGCACAACCACGCCCGGGUCACAAGCGACCUCCGUACCACCGAUCGAUGAGGAUGCGCCAGCCUCACCCCUUCAGCAUGCCUCGAAGCUUUUGAACGAGGUCAAUGCAGACCACUUACUGAACACGCGGAAUCUGGAACAGAUGAACGAAGCACAGCUGCGGUCGAAUCAUGCCCUGACGACACCACCACCAGAUCUGGCACGCAACGGUACACGAUCAUCCAGUAGAGGUGCACAUCCACAUUCGGCAGCAUCAUCGAGCUCGGCUGGCGGAUACGAUCUGGACACUCUGGUAUAUCCCAUCGGACAUACACAAGGUAUCGACCCUAUGUACAGCGAGCAUGUCAACAACAUUCCUUAUCCUAUGCCUUCGAAAGGACCAGAUGGCAGCUUCCAACCACCGCCAGUACCCGAAGUACGGAAGAAGAGCACACAGGUCGAUCCUGGCUGGAUCAGGCAGCCACAGAUCCUCCUCGUUGAAGAUGACCAGACUUGCAGACGCAUUGGCGGGAAGUUCUUGUACGCUUUCCACUGCUCUAUCGACAGUGCUCUUGACGGUUUAGAGGCUGUGAACAAACUCAAUUCAGGCGCCAAGUAUGAUCUCGUCCUUAUGGACAUCAUUAUGCCUAACCUGGAUGGUGUCUCUGCCACACAUCUUGUUCGGCAAUUCGACAACACAACACCCAUCAUCGCCAUGACCUCCAACAUUCGGAGUGACGAUAUCUCUAUGUACUUCCAGCACGGCAUGAACGAUGUCUUACCCAAGCCAUUUACAAAGGAGGGCUUGCUCAGCAUGUUGGAGAAGCAUCUAUCACAUCUCAAGAAACAACCGGGUUCUCUCGAGAUCAUGCCUCCGCCACUGAACUCCGCCAAGAGAAGUCUGAAAAGUGAAGAUUCGCCCGCGACAUCGCCUGCCACUGGUAGUAAUUGGAACUCACCUAAUCAACUCACGGCCGGUUCUCCAGCAGGGAGUGGCAUUGGCGAAGAGAACUACAUUCCGGCCGCGCCAUAUGGUCAACCUGCCAUGCAACACGGCCCGCCACCACACAUCUACGCAACAGCGCCUCCAGGUGCUCUGGCAAUGCCUCCACGGCCCGGCCAGCCCAUGGUACAAGGGCUUCCGCCUCGGCGAGACAUCUCGCAGAUCUCUGGUGGACCUGAGCUGGCGCAAGAUGCGAAACGGCCAAUGUACGCCCCUCCUCCACCUGGCAUGAUGGGACAGCCGCUACAACAUCCAAUGCAGCGGCCACCUGGGCGAUGA